UUUUAAAUAAAAAGAUUUCCAUAUUUAUGAAAUCAUUGAUAUUGAUCAGCUUGUUAUUGGCAACAUGUUUUGGAGCAUUUUAAGAGGAAGAUAAUGUGAUGGUGUUAACUACUGAUACAUUUUAAGAUGCUAUAGAUACAUUCAAAUUCAUAAUGGUUGAAUUUUAUGCACCAUGGUGUGGACAUUGGUAUAAAUAAUAAAUAUAUAUAAAAGUAAGCAAUUAGCUCCAGAAUAUUCAGCAGCAGCAGCUGAAUUAAAGAAAUAAGGAGGAGAUGAUUAUGUGCCAUUAGCAAAAGUUGAUGCUACAGCUGAGAGUUCAAUUGCUGAAAAAUUCUCUAUAUAAGGAUAUCCAACAAUAAAAUUCUUCAUUAAUGGUCAAGCAAUUGAUUAUGAAGGAGGAAGAACAUAAGGUGAGAUUGUUGCUUGGAUUAAUAAAAAAUCAGGACCUCCAUCAACUGAAUUGAAUUCUGUUUAAGAUUUAGAAAAUUUCUUAGAAAGAGUAUCAAGCACUCCUGUAAUUGUCUUUUUUGGUACAUCAUCAGAUGAUAAUGAUUUUGAAACAUUUAAAUAAGUUGCAUAACAAAAUGACAAAGUUACAUUUGCUCAUACUUUCAAUCCAGAAUCAGCUGAAAAAUAUAGUGUAACAGGUAAGAUAGUUCUUUUUAAAUCUUUUGAUGAAAAGAGAAAUAAUUUUGAAUAAUCAGUUACUACAGAUAAUUUGGAAGCUUUUAUUAAUUUAUAUGGAAAUCCAAUUAUAUUACCUUUUAAUGAUAAAGCAAUCAAUAUCAUAUUCUAAUAAAGAAAUAAUGCUAUUAUUUUAUUUACAGAAGAUACUGAUGCAGGUGUUGCUGCAUUUAAUGCUUUUGCUGCUGUUGCAGGUUCUUUCAAAGAUAAGUAAAUAUAAUUAAAUAAUUUUAGGAUCAAAUUUUCAUAUUCAAAACCAAAUGAUGGAUCUGGUUUAUUCCAUAGAUUAGCUGAAUAUAUUGGUGCAAGUACAACUAACAUUCCUAAUGUUAUGUUAUAUGAUUAAUUAGGAGGAAAUGGUAAAUAUAGAUUUGAAGGUGAAAUUACAACUGAAUCACUUAGAACUUUUUUAAAUAAUUUCUUUGAUGGAACAUUAACUAGAUAUAUGAAAUCAGAAGAAGUUCCUGCUACAAAUGAUGAACCAGUCAAAAUUGUUGUUGGUAAAAAUUUCAGAGAUUUGGUUAUCAAUAAUGAUAAAGAUGUUUUAAUUGAAUUCUAUGCUCCUUGGUGUGGACAUUGCAAAUAAUUAGCUCCUAUUUAUGAAGGUUUAGCUAAAAAAUUAUUGGUUAAUCCAAAUAUUAUUAUUGCUAAAUGUGAUGCUACAGCUAAUGAAGUAAUUAAUAUAUUCUAAUUUUAGAUUGAAGGAGUCAACAUUGAAUCAUUCCCAACUAUCAAAUUCUGGAAGAACGGAUAAAAAGAUUAAAUUAUAGAUUAUAAUAGUGGAAGAGAUGAAGCUAAUUUCAUCUCUUUCUUAAAAGAAAACACUUCACAUUAAUGGGUAGAUCUUGAUAGAGUUGAAGAAUUAUGAGUUAUAUAUUUUCAUUUCAUAAAUUUAAAU